AUGCGGUACUUACGGGCCAAGGGCAUCCGCAAGGCGCUGUGUCGGUUCCACUUCCUAUGCGGCCUCAAAGCGCCGUACAAAGUGCUGCUCGAUGGCAACUUCAUUGCAAUGUGCAUCCAAAUGAAGGUGGACGUACACGAGCGCGUGCCCAAGUAUCUCCAGGUCAAGCCUCACGAGUGCGAGUUCUACGUGCCCCGUGCGGCGCUGGACGAGCUGCAGCUGCUGAAGGAGGUGACGAAGGACGCUUUUGAACUGGCCAGAAGCUUCAAAGUCGCAGAGGUCUACGGCCAACUAGAGGAGGAGACGGACGGACCCGUGGACGUGUCCAAGGCCAUCCAGAGCAUCAUCGGCGAUCGGAACAACCGCAAGUUUGUAGUGUGUACGCAGGAGGUGGAGCUCCGCAAGGCACUGCGACUGGUGCCUGGGGUACCGCUUUUGUACUUGAACCGCUCGGUGUUGGUGUUUGAAGAGAUUUCGCACGCGACGUUAGCGAUCGUGCGACAGGAGGAGAAGGCCAGUAUGGCCAAGCUCGACGUGAACGAGAAGAGAAAGCUGGAAGCAAUGCAGGAUGGAGACUGCAACGAUGACCACGCAGAGAAGCAGCGGCUACUGAAGAAGAGAGCAAAGGGUCCGAACCCGCUUUCGAUCAAGAAACCUGCGCAUAAGAAGGUUCGCUCGAGGAAGAAAAAGAUCUAA